AUGAGCCCCGUGAAUUCAGCCUUCUUUAUAAAUGGCACUGUUACUAGUAUUCUGCGUCCUGACUUCUUUUAUGUUAAUGGUUUUGCCGGCAUUCCCAACGCAAAAUACUAUUAUAUCUUCUUCUGCUUUGUUUAUGCUCUGACUCUAGUGGGAAACACUUUUGUCAUGUUUGUGAUUUACACUGACCAGUGUCUCCACAGUCCAAAAUACGUUGCAGUUUUUAAUUUGGCUCUGUCUGAUAUAUGUGGAAGCACGGCUGUCAUCCCACAGAUGAUUGACACCUUCCUGUUUAAAUCACAUUUAAUUCCCUUUGAGGCCUGCUUGACUAAUAUGUUUUUUGUUUUUUGGUUUCUCCAUAUGCAGUCUUUCACAAUAACUCUUCUGUCCUAUGAUAGAUUUGUUGCUAUAUGCUUGCCACUGAGAUACAAUGAGAUUGUGACAAAUAAAUCAAUGUUGGUGAUCACAGCCAUAUUGUGGAUGCUUGCAGGAGCGGUCAUUCUCAUUGCUGUGGGUUUUCUCACCACACUGUCAUUCUGCGACUCCAAUGUGAUAGAAAGCUAUUUCUGUGAUCAUGGACCCGUUGUACGUUUGGCGUGCAAUGACAACACUCCAAGUAUUAUGAUGAAUUGGACAUGUCCUGUUCUGAUUCUCUGGUUUCCAGUACUUUUUAUCAUGGGCACAUACAUUUGCAUAACCAGAGCGUUAUUCAAAAUUGCAGCCUCAGAGCGCCUCAAAGCCAUGAAAACCUGCACCUCUCAUUUGAUCUUGGUGAGCGUGUUUUAUCUUCCUUUAUGCUUCUCCUUUGCACUGGCCACUAUCAUCCACCAGAAUGCCAGGAUCCUUAACAUGUUAUUGGCAAAUGCCUUGCCGCCUAUGCUGAAUCCAAUCAUCUACUCACUGAAGACAGAAGAAUUCAGAGAAUCCAUUAAAAAACUGUACAGAAGAAAGAAGAUGCACAUCACUGCCAGUAAUAAAUGA